GUUUCUGCUGCUCUGAGGGAAGGAGUGGGAUUCCCAUUUCUCUCCAUAGAGUAUCAUGACAAAGGUGACUUGAGACAUACCAGAGAAGAGUGAAACUCCAUAUGCUGCCUGGAUAUCAACAAAUUCUUUCCCCGAGGAUUUAUGAUCUAAAAUGGACUUCAUAUGAGAGAAAAGCUGCCUUUACAUUUGGGAUUUACUGCAUUUGAUUUUGGAUUUAAAGAGUUUAUCCGCUGGUCGAGCAGUCAUGGAAGGUCUUGAAGCACUGAGUGAAAAGUCUUUGCUGACAGUUCCUGCAGAGUGGUAGAGAUCCAGCAUGUAGCAGAGGCAAACAGGUCCCUUCACGCCUGGGAACAAUCCGACAACAUAAUGGGGAAUUCUUAUGCCGGGCAGCUGAAGUCUGCUCGAUUUGAAGAGGCUCUCCACAACUCUAUUGAGGCUUCGCUGCGCUCCAGCAGUGGAGAUCCACAGCCAAUCUUCACACAGCUCUACCUUGAGCCAGAGCCGUAUCCUGGUAAUAUGGAAGACAUGAAGGCGAAAGCUGACUUCCACGGUGGGGAGCCGCCAGGCCACGAGCUUAUAAACGGCCACUCUUCCAACGAUCUGGAGGAGCUGGAGGACGACGAUGACUCAGACAGCAGCAGCCCUCCACUUCCCUACCUGCAGGCCCCUGUGCCCGACGGCUGCUGCACACUGGACGGGUUCUGUCAGGCCGGCAAGGACCUGCGCCUGGUCUCCAUAGCAACCGAGCCCAUUGAAGUCCCAGCAGGCUUUGAGCUGGUCGGCGCCAAGUCCCCCAGCGUCCCCGAGCACAUCCUUGUGUGUGCCGUGGACCGACGCUUUUUACCUGACGAGAAUGGGAAAAAUGCACUUUUAGGUUUUUCAGGAAACUGUGUGGGCUGUGGGGAAAAGGGUUUCAGAUACUUCACUGAGUUUUCCAACCACAUCAACCUGAAGUUAUCCACCCAGCCCAAGAAGCAGAAGCACUUAAAAUACUACCUGGUGAAGAAUUCUCAGGGUGCUCUGUGCAAAGGACCCCUCAUCUGCUGGAAGGACUGUAAAACCCGUCAGUUCUCCAGCAGCGCAUCCACAUCCAAACCCAGCUCGUCCUCCUCUCUCAGCAGCAAAGAAAACGGAGGCGCCAGUGGACACAGCUCCUCUCCCUUCUCCCUCUCAGAUUCUCCACCCACAAGAACGACGCAGGUAUCCUCUGUCUUUUUCGGGAGUCAGGACCUCGGCAGAGACUGCAGUUUCCUCAAACCUCUGUCAUCCACGCCUGGAAACAAGACUCUACCAAUAGUACCGACAGCUCUGAGGGUAAACGGGCCGACAAACGGCCUAGUUGUUGAUGGCCGUCCUCCUUUACUGAACCCCUCCCAGGUCUCUUUGGGGCCUCAAGCUCAGGGGUAUCGCACUGCUGACUUAGGAGACAGCCCUGUACCCACUGCUAUGAACUCGGGUCCUCCAAAGAAGCGGCACCGGAGCUGGCAUCCCAGCACACUGGUACCUGUCCCACCCACAGCCGUCCCCGUGCCAGCCAUCCGGCCGAUAGUCUGCUCUCCAGGUUCUGUAUUAGGAGUGUCGCCUCCUCAGCCACCGGUAGCAGGAGUCAUUCAGCCUCAACCUGUCACCGCUGGAGAGACGGUCAUCGUCCCCAACAACCUGCUCAACUCCUCAGGAUUUCGCCCUGUCAUCCUCAUCGGGCAUGGCACUUUACCUUAUUUCUAUGGAAACGUUGGGGACAUAGUGGUGAGCCCCCUCCUGGUCAGCUGCUAUAAGAGCAGCCAGCUGACAGAGAAAACCCUGGAGACGUUGGGCCUCGACAGCAGCCAGCGUCUCUGCGUGGAGACAAUGAUCCUGCUCACUUUACAAUAUCUUGCACGUUUAGCCUCGGAGCAGAUUCCUCUGAGGGAGGAGCUGGAGCAGAUUGUUUUAAAGGCCAUGCUGUGUUGUCCCCGGGGUCCUGCCAUCUCCCCGUCUCAGCUGCCCUGGUUGGCUCGGCUAGAAGCCAGCGUCUCAGGGGGCAGCGUCCAAGUUGUGGUUACCCAUAACUCUCUGGGAGAGGGCAUCUCUGAGUCGCUUCGGUCUCUCAGUGAGGGUCCUCACCAUCAGAAGUGCCUGCCCACAUAUGUAGUCAUUAUAUGUGCCUCCAAAAUGAGUGGCAACGAGUUCUGUGUGCUCGUUUUGGGAAAGUACCAAGCACGGGCCUUAGCUGAAGGCAUGCUGACAACAAAUGAGUUUCUGAAGGAGAUCAGCUACGAACUCAUCACAGGGAAAGUCAGUGUCUUGGCGUCUCACUUCAAAACAACAUCAUUAGGGGACAAUCUGGACAAGCAGCUGGUGCGAUACCAGCGCCGACGGAAGGGGCAGGUCAUCCAGCCCUUUCAAGGCGAUGUCACUGACCACAUCCACUCCCAGGAGGCUGCCAGCAUGUCACCACCCUCCGACAGAGCAGAGCUGUUAAAUAAGGUUUUCCAGAUCUAUCCGACCCAGCUGAGCGUCGCUCGGAGCCUCCUCUCUCAAGUCUGCUCCAUCGCCGACUCAGGAACCCAGAAUCUCGAUUUGGGGCGUUUUUGUAAAGUGGACUUUCUUGUUUUGGUGCCUCCAUCUCACAUCCUGGUGCACCAGACGGCACAGCGCAUCCGACAAUCAGGAGUACUUGUCGACCUGGGAAUCGAAGACGCCUGCUCAGCCUACCAGAAAUCAGACAAGUACGUGGUGCGUCUGGACGGUGACGUUCACACCAAAAUGGAAGCCUUCAUGAGGAAAGUCAAGCAGAAUCCCUACACCCUGUUUGUCCUCAUCCACGACAACUCGCACGUCGACCUCACAAGUGCUCUGUCAGGCUCUGUGUGCCACGGCGAGCUGCAGGGUUUGGCUGACCGGGUGGUGAAUUGUCAGGAAGUCCUCGAUGCCAUGAACCUCCUGGUGCUGCAGGUCAGCUGUUUCCCGCACACGCUGCAGACCCGCCAGUCCCGCAUCAGCAUCCACAACGAAGUCCACUGGCCCUCCAACGAAAGUCUGCAGGGGGAGCAGUCUCCUAAUGAGUUGCUCUACUUUGGCCUGAGGGACUACAGCAGCUCCCUGCAGUGGGGUGUGGCCAGCCCCAUUCUGCGCUGUGAUGAUGCGUUUGAGAAGAUGGUCCACACACUGCUGGAAAGACAUCCGCACCUGCACAGCAUGGUGAUCCGCAGCUACCUGCUGAUUCAGCAGUACACAGAGGCCAUGAUGGCCCUGACCUCCUCCCCGUCCCUGAGAGACCACAUCACCCCAGAGACCCUGGCCAUGGUGGAGGACCUUAUCAACGCCCCAAGCAGAGAGGGCUCCCAGGGUCGGGGCCACAUGCUGCUGGUUCGAGUCCCCUCGCUGCAGCUGGCGAUGCUGGCCCGGGAGCGACUGGAGGACGUGAGGGACAAACUGGGGCUUCAGCUGUGCUUCGCCGUGCUGCUAGGAAGCCCCGCCUCCGAACUCAACCUACCCAGGAACUUCACCAGCCGCCUCAGGGCGUGGAGAGGCUGUGAGAAUGAAGACUGGGUACCGCACACUUAUGAGGAUCUGGAAGGGCUGCCUUGCAUCGUCAUCCUUACAGGAAAGGACCCUCUUGGAGAAACUUUCCCCAGGUCUCUGAAAUACAGCGACCUGCGUCUGAUAGACUCCAGCUACCUGACUCGCACAGCCCUGGAGCAGGAGGUGGGUCUUGCCUGCACCUAUGUGUCCAUGGCCGUGGUCCAGGAGCCCAAGAAGGCCUCAGCUCCUCGGGAAUCAGACGGAGAAAAGGCCACCACCAGCUUGAAUGAUGGAGAUGAGCUGGAGAGGCCUCAGAGCAACGGCAGCGCUGCAACCAGAACGUCUGGCUCUCUGGCAGAGAACGGUGUCAGUUCAUCUGACAUUGCCGACUCCUCCCAGAAGCCCUCCACAUCCACCUGCCCACCUGAAGGUGUCGUUACCUCGGACAUAGGCACAGUAACACAAAGGUUUAAGCAGGAGUGCGAUUCCAUCGGAAGCCAGCUCCCCUCCAACCCCUCCAAAGCCUCCAAGGCCCCUCCCUCUCUUUACUCCAGUUCUUCCUCUUCCUCGCCCUCCCCGUCGUCCUCCUCCACCCAGAGGCCCAGCCAGUCCACGCAGUGUGGUCGCGACACUAAGCCCACUCGGGUGUCCCCACGGACAGUCAUCAUGUCGCGGGCUGCAUACAACCUGCUGGCGGGGGAGUCGGGGAGUCAGCUGAGCUCUUUCUCCCUCCUGCCUCAUGCAGAUGUGGCCUGGAGCAGCCCGCUGAGGCCCCCUGUCAGUGUCAACCUGCAGGGGGCAGAGCAGAGCAUGUACUACCGCCAGUGGACCAUAGCCAGGCAGCAUCAUGCAGAUUAUGAAGCUCCGUCUGUGCCACAUCCACGGCGCCUGCUACUCAGUGGACCCCCACAGGUGGGAAAAACUGGGGCCUAUCUGCAGUUUCUCCGUAUCCUGUUCCGAAUGCUCAUCAGACUGUUGGAGGUAGAUGUGUAUGAUGAGGAAGAGGAGGAGGAAGAAGAAACAUCAGAGGUUACAACUCCUGUAAAUUCCCAGUUGCCUGACAUUGAGGAGAUUCGAAAGCUGCCCUUUGACCCCAUCCCCCGGCACCCUAAGUUCAGGAAUGCCAGCCCUGUUUACAAUGACAAGAUGCCAAAGUCCUUAACAGAUUGUAAGCAAGAAGGCGAGAGCCAUACACCAGCAAAACGAGAGACCAAGUCCAUACGUCUGAGUAGGUUUGCCGCCCACAAUGCCUUUCAUCACUGUGAACAGUGUCACCACUACUGUGAAGCGGGCCCUGCCUCACAGCUAUCGGAGUGCACCUUCCAUGCUUUCACCUUCUGCUCGUCCAUGCUGGGGGAGGAGGUCCAGCUCCAGUUCGUCAUUCCCAAAGCCAAGGAGCAGCACUUUGUCUUCAGUCAGCAGGGCAGCCACUUAGAGAGCAUGUGCCUGCCUCUGGUCUCCACCAAGGACCCCGAUCUAUUAAAGAGUCCAAUCUUCACCCCGACCACAGGACGACAAGAGCACGGCCUGCUUAACAUUUUCCACGCCAUGGAGGGCGCCAGUCAUCUGCACAUUCUGGUCGUCAAGCAAUUCGAAAUGCCGCACUACAGAAAAUACUGGCCCAACCACAUCCUGCUCGUCCUGCCGGCUAUGUUCAACAACGCAGGAGUUGGUGCGGCCCGCUUUAUGAUCAAAGAGCUGUCAUAUCAUAACCUGGAGCUGGAGAGAAACCGACUGGAGGAGCAAGGUGUCAAGAGGCAAGAUGUAUGGCCUUUCAUUGUAAUGAUGGACGACUCCUGCGUGCUUUGGAACACCCACCAGACAGCAGACAGCAGUGAGACAUCAGAGGGAACUAACGUGUCUCUGAAGACAGUGCUGCAGCAUAUGGAAACCACUCCAAAGAUCUGCCUGUAUGCAAUGUGCGGCACACGCAGGUGGAGCAGCAGCCUGGCUCGCAAGUCUCCCAGCCACCCCUUCAGCCGGUGUCACCUCCACGACUUUGCCAUGCUCAAUGUGGACCUGACGCAGAAUGUUCAAUACGACCUCAAUCGGUACAGCUGUGAGGAGGUGGACUUUAAUCUAAGGGUGAACAGCAGUGGGCUGCUGCUGUGUCGCUUCAAUUACUUCAGCCUCAUGAAGAAGCACAUUCCAGUCGGGGGAAACAAAGACUUCCUGGUCAAACCUAAACUCAUGGAAAUAGAAAACCCCGCCCCAAUCAGCCCGUCACAGUAUGUCUGCGCCCCAGACAGCGAGCAGACCCUCCUGGACGCCCCGGCCCAGUUCUUGCUUGAAAAGUUCCUGCAAAGCUGCAGCCACAGACUGUUCCCGCUGGCCAUUCAGAACAGAAAAAACCCAGUUCUGUCCAUCGAUAGCUACCUCAACAUCAGCCCGGAGAUUUCCGUGUGCUACAUCAACUCUCGUCCACACUCCACCAACCUGAACCAUCAGGGCCUGCUGUUCAGCGGUCUGCUGCUUUACCUCUGUGACUCCUUUGUCGUCUCUGGGCUCCUCAAGAAAUUCCGUUUCCUCAAAGGCGCCACUCUCUGCGUGAUCUGCCAGGACAGAAGUUCCCUGCGUCAAACCAUCGUCCGACUGGAGCUGGAGGACGAGUGGCAGUUCCGCCUGCGGGAUGAGUUCCAGACAGCCAACUGCAGUGAGGACCGGCCCCUCUACUUUCUGACUGGCCGCCAUGUUUGAGCUUGAAACACGCUGGACCCACUGCUCUGCCGCAGAGACACAAUCAGAAAUGAGGAUACAUUUGAUUCCAAACCAGCCAGCAAUCACAAUUCUUGCCAUUCCAGUGGAAGGUCAGAGGGGAUAUGCUGGAGCUCACGAUCCAAAGUGCCCCGCAAGUGGACACAAGGACCCUCAUAUGGCUUUUCCUUUCAUCUGUACUGCCACAGUGCACUAUGCCUGGCUCUGGCUCUGAGGAGGGUCAGUGUGUGUUGUAACUCUUGCUUGUCGCUGGGCUUGCGUUCUACUGAAAAAGACUUUGCUGUGGGGAAAAAAAAAGCACAGCUGAAACUGAACUUUGUUUUGUUUGCAAAAACGGACGCUCUCUGAUCAAUGAUGUGACUAUUUGAAGAUUGUAUGUGUACAUGGACAUUGACCACAGUGUGUCCCAUGCUGGACAUGCUUGUUUAUCUCAGGGUUUUAAAGGGAGAUCCAAGGGACGUUGCUUAAAGGGGUAAAUCUCUCCUCCAAGUUCACCGUGUACUUUUUGCAUUGACUUGUGUUGUGCACCAAAGACAUCCUCAGCUGCCCCUCGCCUUUUCCUCCUCACCUGCUCUGCCUCUCGAACUCCACAAGCUCACUGACUAUAUAAUGUUAGCUCACUACAUUAAAGGUAGAGUUCACCCUCAAAUCAAAAAUACAUAUAUUUACUCAUAUCUGUAGAGAUAUUCAUCAGUGUUGAUUGUUUUGGUGUGAGUUGCCGGAACAAGAUGGCACUCGGCUUGUGGUACUCAAAGCACUAAAAAAAUGAAACAGCAGUAGAUGCAUGCUUACUUCGGUGUGGUGAUACGGAUGCAGUUCCAUAGAGAGGUUUUCAAAUGUACUUUUUUGUACCACAUGUACCACAAGCCGAGUGUCAUCUUGUUCCAUUAUAUUCAAGAGAAGGCAGACAUCUCUACGGCCGAUUUCUCCAACACUUGGCAACAUCAAAAAAAUCUAGACUGAUAAAUAGCACUACAAAGACAGAGGAAAAAUAUUUUCUAUUUGGGGUUGAACUGUCCCUUUAAGGAAAUUUUAAAGGUAUACUAUGCAGGAUUAUUCUUAAAAAUGUGUAGACUCAUACAGUCCCUCUCAAUCAUUACUUAUGAACCACUAGAAAUGUGUGGCAAUGUAUUGAUCUGCCUCUGUUGUGUUUUUAUUUUGCUAUGGUCGAGACAUUUAUGGGCAUGUGGCCCCCAGCUAACACAGUGCACAGGUAAGAUAAAAAAAAAAGAUAGUAACCAGGUAGUAGCAGCAUACAUCCAAGAGAAAGCUCGGAAAAUUGUGGACGCACGAAAUAAAGCAAAUAUAGUGAGGUGAAACACCAAGCGGACGAAGCUCAUUCCAAAUCAAAAGUGAAUCUGCAGCACUGAAGAGGAGACUAGGGAUGAAGGGCGACGCAGAGCUGGCCUGUUUUUGUUGGGCAGGUUAGUGCAGGCAGUUAGCUUACUUAGCUUAGCUUGCUAAAGUAUUAGCUUUUCCAUUACAACAUAUGUAACAUUCCUACAAUAGUGCAGCAGCUUGCAGUGUAUGUUAGAGCACUGUAGGUUGCAAUUCCUGCAUUGUAUACCUUUAACACUGAGUUUGGCCUGUAUUAGAUUUCUAUCAUCAGUCAUUUAAACUGCGAAUCCUUUUCUCUUGUGCCUCUGAAAUUAUUUAUGUGGCAUCGAUAAUCCUUCUGACGGGGAGCUGUACGAAUGUGGUGUUAGUCUCUUAGUGACUUACACAUUCAUUUAUCCAAAGAUUCGCAACUAAAGAAAAGUACAAGUUGUGUCCUCUCAAGAAUGUAGGCUGUUAAUGUUCCGUUAUGGCUUGAAUAUAUAACUAUGAAGCAGGUCUGUUGUCCAAAACACGCAUCUGACUUUCCACAGGGUUUUACUUUUACAACUCAUCUGUUAAUGUGCAACGCCAAUCAGACGGAGCAACGACCGGUUUACUGGUAUGCUCUAAAUGACUUUUGUAUUUAGGCAUUUACUGACUUAAAUACUGUGUAUUUUAAGCAUAAUCACAUUACGUCAGUAAAUGCAAUAUAUAUUUAGAAAGCAUCUUCACUGCCAAAUAUUCUGCUACUGACUGUGCCUGAGAUUUCAGCUCCUGUUACAAUGUUCCUAGGGUGAUUGUACAUUGAUGUCUUGGCUACCAUCCACAUGUUAAACUCACAAUCUGCCAUCUUUUGUCUCCAAAGCAAAUGGUCAUCAAUGAAAGGGUUACACACUGUCCAAAGCAGCUGACCAGAUCAUUACAUAUACUUGAAAGUGGAAUGUUUUUAUAUGUUUCUGCACAGGGUUGUCCAAAGAAUAUGCCUUAAGUGACGUUUCACACAGUCACUGCUCAAGUCACUAAUUUUUUCGGACCAAUGAGAAUGAAGAAACCAUUUAACUGUGAGGCGAAGGAAUGUUUGCCUGAAUGAAGCAAAGUGAAAUAAUUGGAUUUCGGACUACUGUACUGUUUAAAGCUUUGUUUACAUUAUUAAUAUAUUGUAUCAUCCCCUUAACCACUGAGGGUUACUGAUGUUUUUUUUUAGUCUUGUGUAACUUUUGCCAGCAUAUUUUGGUCAUGAAUGUCUCUCUGCAUUUUAUGUUAUGUUGCAAAGGCAAGAAGAAUCUACCUAGAUGUGUCCUUAACCAUAUGUCUGUAUCCCUUCCUGUUCUUGUGUUGGAUUUUUAUUGAAAAUGAAAAUCAGGUCCACGAGGGAUUCUUAUUUAUUUGACAAGCCUUUUGGACUGAUAAUCAUAUUGAAGUGUAAUAUUUGAUUGCAUGCUAAGCUCGCUUAAACCGAGGGAGUGUGUCCUCUUCAAAACCAUCCAUGAAGGCUUUGCACAAGACCCAAACGAAUGAUUCUUAGAUCUACUGAAUGUCACUGGGGGAAGGAAAUGUGAACUUGCACUAUACAAGUUGCCAGCAGAAAAAAUAUAUAUAUUUCCCACUGUUAAAUUAACCCCAAAUGUAGUCCAAAUAUAAGACUGGUGAUCAAAACUUUAACUUAAACUCCAACUGUCCGUAGAAUGUGUCUUUCUUUUUAAUAAUUGAACACUUAAUAUGCAACUUGCUCUCACAAUCUUCACUGAAAUGUGUUAAACGAUAACCAGCCCAGUGGUAGCCUUGGUGUCUGGGUGAUCUACCUCAUGUUUACCAUUGUGGUUGCGGGCUGUGAACAUAUGACAUUAGAGCCAUGCUAUUGUUGUUGGAAAUUUAUGAAUGUAAUAAAAUGACUUCUAAAAUCAU